AUCGAGCUUAAAUAGAGCCAUAUCCGGCUCCAGGAACUCUUGAAUCCUUCCUCCUUCCUCAUCGGCUCUAGACGACCACCAAAACCUACAGGAACACGACCUCAACCUUCUCUCCCUAUCCAAGCCUUACACUUUGAAUUGUCCUUUGCUCGCCUUCCACGAGACACUUUAUCAUCCGCAAGAAUGGUGAAGAGAAGCCCCGAAGACUACCUCCGUCUUGCGAGAGAGAGGGGUGUAGAUCUGAGCAGAGCAGACACAGACUACGCCCAGCUGUUACGGAACCUCCCUAAGAAUGAGCAAAGAGCCAUGGACAGGGUGUUGGCUUUGUGGGAAGGAUUCAAACAACGAAAUGAGGGAGCAAGUGAAAGAGAGGUCGACGACUGUAUAGAAUUCAUACGAGAAGUCGCAAUGGGAAUACAAGGUAUAAGACCUGAUCCAAGCGUGGAAGACAGAGAAGCAGUCGCCCACCAUCCUGCAGUAUCAACUGUCAUUCAGUACUGGAAACUAUUCUCUCGUCAUUUCUUUCUGUUCCAAAAACCCCUGGGCGAUGAGAUUACAAAACCAGUUCGAAAGUACAUCCAAACGGUUCUCCCACUAAGCUUCCCGAUGUCUGCGGUAAAACGUCCAAGGCGCUUUGCUACGUUGCCUCAUUUCGGUCACUUGGCCGAGCAGCAGUGGGCUCGAGAUUGGCAUGUCUACAGGCGGCCUUCAGUCAGAGUAUAUGACUGGGCAAGUCUCAGCACCCAUAUUAGUUCCUCCUCUAGGAUCGGGGAAUACUUCGAGUCUACCUGCCGCGAGGGCUCAGGACGAGGAUUGCGGUUCAAGGAUGUUCAGUUUGUGGUAUUCUACAACGAAGACAUGAAACCGGAGCUUGGUCUCCGGCUCGUUCGUGACGCGAAGGGGAUGACGUACAUUCCUCACGCAAGGCCGCAACAUGUCUUGUAUGAAGGGAGAAAGCCUUGCCCUCUCUCCCGGAAUGGCUUUCUUUUCCAUCUUGCAUUCCUUCUGGCGAGGAACGCAAUUGAGGGACACGAGACCAUCGACACGCUCUUAGCAGUCAAACCUAAUCCCGGGGAGGAUAUCUCGGUUAUUCCGUGGACCAAGGGCAUAGAGGGCCAUCCCUUCUACCCUAAUAUCCGUAGCAAGGGCGUCGAACGAGCAGUCACUAUUUCUGCACGUAUCAGGAAGCUUGGUUUCCGAGCUGGCUACAUAGAUCCACCGCGUCCGCACGAGUUCAGAGCAAGUAGUCUAUUGCGCGUUUCAAAAUACCACUCGGAGGCAGAGCGCCGGAAACACGCCGGCCAAAGGGACAACGGUACCUACGAUAAAUACUACGCCUCCCCUCUUGCAGCAGAUGGACAGGGUUCAUAUUUUCACGGCGAAUCUCGCAAGGAGGUGCUGGAGCGUUUCCAAGAUAUGACAAUUUGCCGCAACCCUUCCUUGUUGCUAGCACUUCCUGCAGAGAGCCUUGCUGAGUUGGCAGACUCGGAGCCGAUGAAAAAGCUUCAAGCCGAGCUACAAGAGCUGCAGCUUAGAGAUGCCAGCGAUCCAAAAACGAAAAAGCGAAUAAAUGAGCUAUAUCAGGAGACACGCAGACUCAAGCGUGAAGCAACGAGGGUGCUGCAGGAACAGCAAUCAUCGGCACCGCAGGGAACAACGCCAGAGCCCUGCUAUCUUCGGAGCCUCUUCGACCGAGUUCGCUAUCUAAUGCCUGAAAGAGAUCGUCUUUCCAAGGCUUUGUUCCAAUCUGCUCUACUACGCGACCCGCCUGGGCUAGAGGCCCUGGGGGAUUUGAUAUCCCUUUGUCGGCAAGACAAAGAGGUAGAAUAUCGGCCAGGACUCGAACCGCAGAAGUGCAACUGCAAGGGACGCCAGGGUGGAUAUAACUGGAAGCACGUCUAUAACUGCUAUAAGAAGCAACAGUCAUCUCCGACGGCAUUCUGCUUCGUAUGCCAUGAAUGGGUUUCUGGGGAAUCUGAAUGGACUCAGCACUGUUCCCAGCACCUCGAGCAUCCGGCUUCGAUCCCCAGGUGGUGCGACCCUCUCACCUAUGCGGGUGUGCUUGCAGCACCGGGCCUUUGUCCUUUCUGUCUUGGGGACGAAUCGAUGCCGCCUGAGUCGCGAAUGCGUCAAUUCAUCCGCACUGACGAAUGGAGGGACCAUUUAAGCGACUGCAUUACAAGACGAAAUAGGAGGCAAAACACCUGCUCUCAAGCUCAUUGUAGUCACCCACACUGUCAGGGAAGGGCGCCAUUCGCCUCGCCAGAAAAGCUCAUUUUCCAUAUCUAUGAUGAUCAUGGCUGUAUCCCAAGCCAAUCCAAGCUUGACUUUGAGAAUGGAAAAAGGAAAAGAGAACAAGAAGAGCAACAUGGUUCCAAGAACAAGAGGACCUGGAGGUCAAGACGCAGCAGGAAUCACCCCCUGACCAAGCAGUAGAGGCUCCCCUCCAUGAUGCAGUCCAAACAAGGGAGCACACCACAGAAGCUAAUGGGCAAACUGCUUCUCUGAUCGAUGCUGAUGACAAUCAGUGGCGUGUUGAACGCCUCGUCGCGCGGAAAAAGAAGGGUAGGUUUAUGGAGUAUGAGAUCAAGUGGUGGGGUUAUCCAGAGUCGGAAAAUACCUGGCAAAAAACGGAGGACAUUGACCCAGACUUAAUCAAGGAUUUUGAGAACAGGCAAAGGCGUGCUAGGAAAGUUGGGAAGAGACAAAGGCGGGCUAGCGAGACGGACUGAUUCUUGCUUCACGCGAAUAUUCAUAUAGCAUAAAUUUUUUAUUCUUGUCACUGUGUCUG